GAACAAAAAUGAAAGAACAUAUCUUUUGUCAGUUUCUAGUUGUAAUGAUGUUGUUGUCAGCAUCUCAAAUUCAGGGAGAUCAGCGAUGUCAUGAUGCAGGCAUAGAAGGUCUGAGGGCAUGUGCAUAUUCUAUCUACAAGAGGCUGCCACCUCCGCCAAGACCAUCUGAAGAUUGUUGCACUAAUGUCCGCCUCGCCGGAAUGAAAUGCGUUUGCGAAGCUAUCAGUACUAAAGUAAUCGAAGACGCCAUUGAUAUAAAAAAGUUCGUCAAUGUCGCUGCUGCUUGUGGCAGUCCUCUUGCUCCUGGUUCACAAUGCGGAAGAUUCGUAAUUCCCGCCCCGGUGGCAUGAUGAGACAUCAUGACUGAAUUAUAUUGAGAAUCUACUACAGUUUGUUGUAACUUAUUGGAAAAAUAAAGUUUAUUAAAUGCACGAAUAAUUUGAGACAGCUCCUGUUUUUCUUAAAAAAAAAUCCUAUUGCUAAUAAUCAAUAUUCAUAAACAC